AACACAUGACAAUCAUUUUCAUCCAUUAUAUCAUACAAAUUGAAUCAGUGGCAAAAAAAAUUUCCAUUACAAUGUGACUAUAGACAGUUAUCUUCUUGAUAUUGUAUUGAAAUAGUUCUUUUUUCGAAAUUUAUAAAUUUAUGCUGAAAUUCAUACUACUGACACCAUUCGUAGAAAAAUCUAUAAGGAACAACAAUUUUUUAUCUUUCAUGUUUUGUGAAUGUGAAUACUUUUUGAAUACUGUAGAAGUUAUUUUACCAGGGGAAUUACAGUUCAACAGCAAAAGAAAAGAACAAACCAGACAAUAUUUGCUAAAGAAUUUAUGUUUCUUUGCUUGCAGUGAAACUGAUGUGUCAGAGGUGGGUCCCAAUCGUCCUAUACACAGAAAUUUUGAUAACUGGGAACAGCAAGAGAUGGUAAAUUACCUAAUCAAAAACAGCUGUAUCAGUGAAGCACGUGGAAAUAGAGUAUGGAAGCAGAUGAUCGAUGAAGGGCUGCUGAAGCACAGAACUGUUCACUCCCUCAACAAUCACUUUCGGAGAAAGAUCCUGCCAAAUAUUCAUCAAUUUGAAAUGAGUAAAGAUAGUCGAGAAGAGUUCGACCGUCUUAAAAAAUAGGUUUCAUCGUAUCAAAUAAAAAGAGCUAUUAUUUUUCUAUGUUUGAAAUAUAUUUCUGCGAAUAUUUGUUCAUCCUUUCUAAGAAAUUCCUCAAUAACAGAGGCUGCGUUCCUCUUGUCUGCAUUUGAAUCGCCAUCUCAGGCAAGGCACAAUUUAAAUUUUCACCAUAGAUUUCUUACGUUUUGAUUUGAUUCUGGAGCCAAACAUGAAUUAUUAUGGCGCUAGAUUACACCUGCCAUAUAUUUCAUUGUUAAAAUUACAUUUCAUUUAGUUAGUUGCAUAAAAAAUAUUUAUUCAGUGAAUGUCAUUGAUUGACAAUUUGCAAACUUAAUUUUUUGCAAUUUUGCUCGGUUUCGGCUGGUUCCAGUCGACCAUCAUCGGGCCGUUUAUUUACAAAACCAAGAAAAUUGACUAUCCUAAUCGUUUUGGAUGUGAAUUACAUCGCGAUCCAGGAGGUAGUGUGCAAUAAUUCGAAAAACAAAAAAUUCGAAAUUUUUAUUUUCAACUAUUUUAUACAGACAUAUUGUAAUGAAGGUGUGUUGUUUACACCCCAUUAUACAUCCUGGCACGAUAAUGUUCAGU